UCUUUUCCUCAUUCUCUUCAUUAAUUCCUCCUUUUUCUGCCUUUCCUACUUAUUAUCUGCAGAAACUAUUGUUCUUUUGUUUCAUAUCGAGAAUCUCUCUCAAAAAUGCAGGAAGAGAUGAGUCUGUCGGUGAAUGGUCAGUCUCAGGUCCCUCCAGGCUUCCGAUUUCAUCCAACAGAAGAGGAACUCUUGCACUACUACCUAAGGAAGAAGGUGGCCUACGAGAAGAUCGACUUGGAUGUAAUUCGAGAUGUGGAUCUCAAUAAGCUGGAGCCAUGGGAUAUACAAGAAAAAUGCAAAAUAGGAUCCGCCCCUCAAAAUGAUUGGUACUUCUUCAGUCACAACCACAAAAAAUACCCAACAGGGAUGCGAACCAACCGUGCCACUGCGGCCGGGUUCUGGAAGGCCACCGGCCGUGAUAAGGUCAUUUACAGCAACUCCAAGCGAAUUGGUUUGAGGAAGACACUGGUGUUCUACAUAGGCCGAGCCCCACAUGGGCAGAAGUCUCAUUGGAUCAUGCAUGAAUACAGACUCCAUGACCACACCAUUAUUGAUUCAAACGUCGUAUCUGGUCCGACGGGAGAGACUACGCAGGAAGAGGGAUGGGUGGUUUGCCGUGUUUUCAAGCAGAAAAACCAUCAAAAAAGUCUAGGAAGCCCCAAAAAGCGAUCAAAUGAUGUAAAUACGAGUACUUGCACGUCGAAUUCGAGUAUGGAAGGAUCCAUGGACCAGAUGAGAAGGACAGGCCAACAAGAAAGCGAAACAGACAAAGAUGUCAAUGUCAGUGUUAAUGCUACCACCAAUGACACAAGAUUUUUCUGGUCGAAUGAGAUGGCCAUCAACAAUGGGCUCCCACAAGAAUUGACGCAGCAGCUUCAAGCACUAGAGUCCCCACUUCUCUCGCCACUUGGAAAAGAAAACAUAGAAGAGUUGGAUCGGAUUCAACCUUCUAUAGCUAGCUCCCAAGCUUGUUACCAACCCACCAUCGAUAUAGAAGCUCUGAAGGUGGCCAAACCCAAAGCCACUGAGCCAUCUGUCAACCAAAGCAGCAGCACCAUAAACUCCUUUCUCCAUACCAAACCGGGGUUCAGCCAAUGGACUGCAGUGGACCGGCUGGUGGCAUCCCAUCUUAAUGGCCCAGCAGAAACUUGCAAACAGCUUGCUUGCUUCAGUGUGGCCUUCUGUUCAGCUGAUCAUGAAUUUCAACUACCACAGCUAUGUGAUUUUAAUAGAUCAACACAUUAUGCCAAUGAGGACUCUAAUAGUACUGAUGAGGUCCAUCUAUGGAGCUUCACUUGAUCUUAUAUGGUCUACUACUUUGCCCUUUUGAGUAACAGAAAUUGCCGAGAAAUCUUAGUAUGUAUUGUAUAUGAGUCCCUAACCAAAAACAGAGAAUUUCAGAUUCCAAGAUAUAUGGGGUAAUAACAUGCUCAAGUUGUCAACCAUUUAUUAUCUUUAAUUACUUAAUCAAUAUGUAUCAAUCCAUUCUACCUUUGUUGUGGAGGAAUAUAAUA